AUGAAACAAGCCCACAGCAAAGAGAUGCAGCAGGAUGAGUUGCACGAACGAAAAUGCCGCCGGAUUUGCGGUACCCGAAUCUCGAGGAAAUAUCUCGGGGGCCGCCUGCGAGUCCGCCCCGGAAAGAGGUGUGUAGGGUUGGUGGGGAUCCAUCCAUCGAUUCGGAUGGGCGAGGAGGCGGUGGACGACUACGAGCUCCACAUGGUGUGCUACGGCGGCGACGACGACGGGCGCGUGAUGGAGUGGGAGUCGGGGCUCCCGGGCGCCGACGAGCUGACCCCUCUGUCGCAGCCGCUGGUGCCCCCGGGUCUGGCGGCGGCGUUCCGCAUCCCGCCGGAGCCCGGGCGGACGCUGCUGGACGUGCACCGCGCGUCGGCGGCCACGGUGUCGCGGCUGCGGCGCGCGCCGUCGUCGUCGUCGUCGGGCAGCGGAGGGAGCGGCUCCUCCUUCGCGCCCUUCCAUCCCCAGGCGGGGGCAGCGGGACACGCAAGGGGGGACGAGGGGGGCGGACUCGUCAGCAGCCAUCGGCGGCGCGGCGACCAACAACGCCAACAGCAGCAAGCGUCCCCGGCUGGUUUGGACGCCGCAGCUGCACAAGCGGUUCGUGGACGUGGUGGCGCACCUGGGGAUCAAGAACGCGGUGCCCAAGACCAUCAUGCAGCUGAUGAACGUGGAAGGGCUGACGCGCGAGAACGUGGCCAGCCACCUGCAGAAGUACCGGCUGUACGUGAAGCGGAUGCAGGGCCUCUCCAACGAAGGGCAGUCCCCGUCCGACCACAUCUUCGCCUCCACGCCGGUGCCGCACAGCCUGGUGCACGAGCCGCAGCCGCAGCAGGUGCCCGUCCCAACCAGCAUGUACGCUAUGCAUGGCGUCGCCGCUGUCGGCAUGGUGCCCAUGGCCAGCGGCGGACAGGCGUACCACCACUACCACCACCACAACGGAAGAGGGUACCCGCACCCGCAGGCGGCGUACCACCACGCCGACAAAUAACACUCGCUUCUUCGGCACCGCAGGCGGCCUGUAUCCACUCCCUAUCCUUAGUAUUUCUCAUUUGCAGCCACGACUCGGAGGAGAGAAUCCAAGCAACAACAAUAACAAGCGAUUACUGA